AAGAGGAGCAAACAAAAUCACAAUACUAAAUACUGUCCUUUUUGUUUAUUUUUCAGAUUAGCACUGUACGUUUAUGAAUAUCUGCUCCAUGUAGGAGCACAGAAAUCAGCCCAGACGUUUUUAUCAGAGAUAAGAUGGGAAAAAAACAUCACACUGGGGGAGCCCCCAGGAUUCUUGCAUUCCUGGUGGUGUGUAUUUUGGGAUCUCUACUGUGCAGCCCCAGAGAGACGAGAAACAUGUGAACAUUCAAGUGAAGCAAAAGCCUUUCAUGACUAUAGUGCUGCAGCAGCUCCCAGUCCAGUGCUAGGAAACAUUCCCCCAGGAGAUGGCAUGCCAGUAGGUCCUGUACCACCGGGUUUUUUUCAGGUGGUGGAUGAUGAUCACUACAGUGCUGACAAUCCAAAUGCAACAUCUUACAGUGAUACAGUUAAAGGAAGCCUUCUUUCAGUACAUAGAAUAGGUGAUACUCUGGAAAUAAACUGGGGUUACACAAUAGUGGGAUCUGCUUUUGGUUCCUUAGCAGCAAAACUGAAUAUGUGGGACUACAGGAGGAGUGAAGACAAUAGUUCUUCACGAGAAAAUAUAAAACUCCAG